UGACUAAAGUGAGACACUGCCCCAAACUAGUUUCACAAGCGCUCGGAUUCGGUCGCCGCGGACAAAAAACCCAAGAUGCCGUGAAUCUAAUUUAGGUGAGAUGAGCUUAAAAAUUGCCCGGACGCGAUCUAUCCGGAUCAGCUGAGAUGGCGCGCUUCUUGGCCCGCCGUAUUCGUAAUCGGAACGCCUUGGCCAGACGCCAUACAAACAAACAAACACCACGCCUGAACUGAAGAUAUCUCACACAAGCUUUCAUCGCACCAUUGUGAUGAGCAAUUAACAAAGAAAACUCACCUGAUUCUCAACGAUAGAGUGGCGUCACAGCAUCUUGAUCCAUGCAAUAGGUUUCUCUAUCGACGCACGUGCAAACAUGACGGGGACAAACCCCAAAUAUGACUUUGGCGGGCCGCUAGGCACUUCUGCUAUUGUCUUUGGCCUCCCCGUGCUGCUCUACUUCUUCUACUUCACUUGCAACGAUGUUGCCGGCUGUCCCGCGCCGGCCCUCCUGGAGCCUCGCUCCCUCACUGUCGCAGAGCUGAGAAGCCAGAUCCCAUGGCCUGAGGAUGGCAUCUGGGGCUUUGCCAGCUGGAAGGUCAGCGGCUGGGUUGCAGCUUAUUACCUGCUUAGUCUGGUGCUCUAUCGAGUGCUUCCUGGACAGGAGAUUUACGGCACGAAGCUGAGAGAAUCAGGCCGGCCGCUCAAGUACAAGCUAAAUGCGUUUUCUUCCACGCUCGUCCAGCUGGCUGCAUGUGCUGUAGGAACUGGUCUGCAUGGCGCUGAUUUCGCCGUCUGGACCUUUAUCGACGAAAACUACUUGCAGAUUUACACAGCCAAUCUCAUCCUCGCAAUCGCAAUCUCAGUGUUUGUGUAUGUACGAAGCUUCAGCGUCAAGCCAGGCAACCCUCAAUUGAGGGAACUCGCCCAAGGAGGCCACACUGGCAGUAUCAUGUACGACUUCUUCAUUGGGCGUGAGCUGAACCCUCGUAUCACGCUUCCCCUUUUCGGAGAGAUUGAUCUCAAAGUCUGGCUUGAAAUGCGGCCAGGCCUGACUGGUUGGAUUCUGCUCGACCUUGCCUUUGUUGCGAAACAGUAUCGCACUUACGGAUACGUGUCCGACAGCAUCCUCUUCAUUGCCGCUGUGCAGAGUUACUACGUCCUCGAAGGCCAAUAUGCUGAAUCGGGAAUCCUCGGCAUGAUGGACACCAUCACAGAUGGGCUGGGAUACAUGCUCACCUUUGGAGACAUUGUUUGGGUGCCGUUUUUGUACUCUACCCAGACGCGUUACCUCUCCGUCUUCCCCUUGCAGCUAGGCUGGGCGGGAAUUGCCGCCGUGUCCGCCGUAUUCAUUGUGGGAGUGUACAUAUUCCGCGCCUCUAACUCGCAGAAACGCAUAUUUCGCACGCAGCCGGAUCACCCCAGCGUCAAGGGCAUGUCGUAUAUCCAGACCAAGCGAGGCACAAGACUUCUCGCCGAUGGCUGGUGGGGAGUAUCGCGCCACAUCAAUUACUUUGGAGAUUGGCUUCAGGCUUCGCCUUUUAGUCUUCCUACCGGCGUGGCAGGAUACUUGAUUCUCCCAGCUGGGACCGUUACCACUGCAGGUGUGGGCGUUGCUACGAUGCUGGAUGGCCGAGAGGUAGUUCAGGGUGCGGCAAGGGGCUGGGGUAUGGUUUACACGUACUUGUACGUCGUGUACUUUGCUACGUUGUUGAUACAUCGCGAGAGACGGGAUGACGUUGCGUGUGCUGAAAAGUAUGGCAAGGACUGGGACAAGUACAAGAAGACUGUGAGAUGGAGAAUUUUGCCUGGUAUUUACUGAGAUUUGGGGAAGCCACAUAAAUACAUACUAUCAUUGGCUUUCUUUACCUUUGCGACAGAUGCUCUGAUAUUGGCGCACCUGUUGCUCCUUUAUAGCAGUGUUCAUCAGAGUUGGCCAGCAUUCACCACGAUCCGCCACUUUGAACAUAUAGUUCAGUUCUCAUGACAACCC